AUGGCCAGUUUCUCAGGGCGAACGGUUCAUGCCUUCAGCGCUAUCUCAAAGCGUGCACAGGCUCCAGCUCAGGGAGGGCUGCUCACAGGUGUAGACCCUGCUUCCUUCAGCGCGACCGAUACGCUCAAGUUAUGGAUCAUACAGCUCGGGGUCAUCCUCAUGAUGGCUCAGGUCCUUUCCUUUGGCCUCAAGAGAAUUGGGCAGCCAAAGGUUAUUGCCGAGAUCCUGGGCGGUAUCCUCCUCGGUCCUACCGCCUUCGGACGCAUCCCUGGCUUUACCUCCCAUAUUUUCCCCUCCCAAUCAAUCCCUUAUCUCACCCUCGUUGCCGACAUUGGCCUCUGCCUCUUCCUCUUCAUCAUCGGCCUUGAAAUCAACGGCACCAUCCUCAAGCGCAAUGGCCCAAAGUCCGCCGUCAUCUCCCUCUCGGGCAUGGUCUUGCCCUUCGGGCUCGGCGCCGCCCUCUCCGUCCCGCUCUACAAACGCUUCAUCGACCCAGACGUCGCGUUCACGCACUACAUGCUCUUCACUGGCGUCGCGUACUCCAUCACCGCCUUCCCCGUGCUGUGCCGUAUCCUCACCGAGCUGCAGCUGCUCGACACCCAGAUCGGCGUCAUCGUGCUCUCGGCUGCGCAGGCGGACGACGUUGUCGGCUGGGUGCUCCUCGCGCUCAGCGUCGCGCUCGUCAACGCCGGCUCGGGCAUCACCGCGCUCUACAUCCUCCUCACGUGCCUCGCGUUCAUACUGUUCCUGCUUCUCGUCGUAAGGAGGGUCAUGCACUAUCUCGCGCGUGUUACGGGCUCGAUCGACAACGGACCGACGAUGGUGUUCAUGACCGCGACGAUGCUUGUGCUGUUUGGCUCUGCGUUCUUUACCGACAUCAUUGGCGUCAAUGCUAUUUUUGGAGCGUUUCUGGCUGGACUGAUUGUGCCCCGCGACGGUGGCCUUGCCAUUGCCUUGACGGAGAAGCUGGAAGAUAUGGUCACGAUUGUCUUUAUACCUCUGUACUUCACGAUCUCUGGCCUGAACACUAAUCUAGGUUUGUUGAACACUGGGACGAUUUGGGGCUUCACCAUCGCCAUUAUCACGCUUUCCUUCACGGGCAAGUUCUGCGGCUGCACAAUGGGCUCUCGCCUGCUCGGCUUCAGCUGGCGCGAGUCGAGCACCAUUGGUGCGCUGAUGAGUUGUAAAGGACUCGUCGAGCUCAUUGUGCUCAACACCGGCCUCUCAGCGGGCAUCCUCACCCAGCAGGUCUUCUCGAUGUUCGUCCUCGAGGCGCUCGUGCUCACGUUCAUGACCACGCCGCUCGCGAGCUGGCUCUACCCCGAGAUGAUCAAGGGUGGCGCACGCCGCCGCACGUCUGCGAAUAAGAAGCGUGUCGGCGGCUCGGACGAGGCGGACUCACUGGAGUGGAACGACGCGAAGGAUGGGUCGGGGUUGAUAGCGGGCGAAGGCGCGGCGGGCGCGGAUGGGAUAGUGUGGCGCCGCAGGCUCACUGUCGUUCUGGACAAGUUCGAGCAUGUACCAGCGCUCAUGUCGCUCACGCAGCUCAUCGCCCUCAACAACAACAGUAGCUCGCAUUCCUCGAACAACACCGCCCAAGCUCCCGCCUCCGCGGGCAAACGCAAGCAGCGCGCCGUGUCCGUCGACGCGCUCCGCCUCAUCGAGCUCACGGACCGCACGUCCGCCGUCAUGCGCACCGCGCACUUUGCCGUCGACGUCCUCGCGCGCUCGGACCCACUCCUCGCCGUGUUCCGCACGUUCGGCGCGCUGCACGGCAUGGCGGUGUCCGCUGCCCUGUCCAUCGUGCCGUACGACGAUCUAGCGAGGCGCGUGGCGGACCACGCGCAGGAGGGCGGGGCGCAGCUCGUCGUGCUGCCGUGGUUGCCGCCCUCGUCUGCGCCGGACCGGGCAGACGGCGACGGUGUUACGACGGCGGCGGCGUUCAGCCCGUUCGAGGCGCUUUUUGGCGUGCAGGACGGCGCGUCGCCCAACAGCGCGAGUGCGAACUCGACGCAUUCCCAGUUUGUGCGCAGCGUCUUUGCGGAGGCGCGCACGGACGUUGCGCUCGCUGUUGGUUCUGGGAUUGACGCCUCCGCGGCGGACACGUGCACGACGAUGGGCGUGUGCGACGGUGCGCACGUGUUCGUGCCGUUCUUUGGCGGGCCGGACGACCGGCUUGCGCUCGAAUUCGUCGUGCAGCUGUGCGCGAACGAGAGAGUGCGGGCGACGGUUGUGAGGGUGAGCAAGGGCUUAGCGCAGGGUGGGGAUCUGAAGAAGCCGGAGGGUGUGCUUGUCGGUGAUGAGAAGGCGGAUGAGGCGCUGGAUAGCGUUCCUGGGCUUACAUACAUGGUCAACUUUCCGCCGGACACCAUCUACGCAAACGCGACGACUCAUACACGCCUGCAGAACUCGACCGCGGACGACCUCGCCUGGGCACGCGUCGCAGGCCCCGGAACGGAGGAAGACGACGCGACCACGGCACCCCGGACAACAGCCUCCCCCGCUCUCCGCGCGGCGCUCUCGCGCAUCACCUUCGACGAGCUAUCCUCCCCCGUGCCGCUGCAUGCCGCUCUCACGCGCCUCGCGCAGCUCAAAGAGUCACUCGCAGCGUCCGCCAGCGGCGACGGCACCGGUCUGAGCACGCGACUGCUCGUUCUCUGCGGGCGCUCGCGCAGGCUUGCGGUGGAGAACCACGAUGCGGAGCUGAAGCAGCUCGUCGAGGAGCAGCACGGCGCGGGCGCGGGUAUAGGCGCGGGAGAGGUGGCGCUCGUGCGCAAGACGAUUGGCGAUGUGGGCGCUGCGGUGCUAGUUGGCGCGCCUGGCGCUGGCGCGGGGAUGGUGGUUGUGCAGGCGGGGGAUGCAUAG